AUGAACUUCAAAUCCCUCGCCCUACUCCUCACUGCUACCGCAAUCCCUCAGGUCGUAGUCGCAGGUCCGCUUGCCUACGCUAUUUGUCAGACAGGAUGCAAUGGCCUGGCUGUCGCUUGCUACGCCGGUGCCGGGUUCACAUUUGGGGUCGCACUCCCUGCAGCACCUCCUGUGCUGCUUGCAUGCAAUGCGGCCCUUGGGGGGUGUAUGGCGGCUUGUGCCGUGGUUGCGCUUACACCCACUCCCUGAGUGGGUGCAAUCGUGAAUGCGGCGACGAGAACCCACAGGCCCCUUCCUGUGUGAUGAGAACGGCAUCCUUGUUGUAGUAUGACAACACGAUGCAGGUUUAGCGGUGUACAGCACCAGUAAUAUAACUAUGGUCCCUUAUGUCCCUUGUUCCCGUUUGUCUUUCCUUUCCUUACAGCCGGUUGCAUGCAUUUUCGGAGAGUCUAUGUUUCUAUUUCGCGCUAGCUACGGACUCCCUGUGUCUAGACUAUGAUUCUUUUU